UCCUCCAGUCUCACUCCCUCCCCCUCUCUCCCUAGUCUCUGUGUCUGUGCCUAUAGCCUCUCUCCCCCUUUCUGUGACAUACAGUAGAUGGUGCAUCGAUUGCACACAGACGCUUGCUUUCCCUCUCUCUGAUUCAGUCCUGUGCGAGGAGGAAGAGGACGGAUUGAGACGUAUCUCUCUGCUUCUCAAGCUGCAUUUCCUCAUGCUGAGCUGCUGUGAGGAGCCUGCCCGCAUUCUCUCUCUCUCAUCUCGGAAGAUUCUGCUAUAGAGAUGUCUGGUGAGAACAUCGUGUCUUUUCCAGAGAUCUGAAACGGGCAUGAUGUCUCAACUCUUGCACAUGGAGAUUCCAAACUUUGGCAGCACUGUUCUGGACAGCCUGAACGAACAGCGGCUGCUGGGCCAACACUGUGAUGUGGCCAUUAUGGUCAAUGGACAGGCCUUCAAGGCCCAUCGCGCCGUUUUAGCAGCCAGCAGCCUAUACUUCCGCGACCUGUUCAGCGGUAGUGCCCAGACACUCUUUGAGUUGCCCUCAUCUGUGGCCCCAUCCUGCUUCCAGCAGAUUCUAUCGUUCUGCUACACGGGCCGGAUGACGGUGAGUGCCAGCGAUCAGCUGAUGGUCAUGUACACCGCAGGCUACCUGCAAAUCCAGAACAUCGUGGAGCGGGGAAUGGACCUCAUGUUCAAGGCCAGUGCUCCGUACUGCGACUCACAGACAUCUGCCACAGACGAUCCCCCUAGCCCAAACAACAACAACUCCUCCCUGUUGCUAGGCGACCAGCCCACAACUCUCUGCAAGAUCAAGGAAGAAAAGUUGGAGACCCCGGUAUGUGCUCGGAAUGGAGAGCUAAAGCACUCAGAUGAGGAUAGGGGAGCUAGGGGCAGAUCUUUAAGGAAUGGGACUCUUUUCUACACCAGUGGAGGUGUGAACGGGAUCAUACCCGUGAUGCAUGCUUACGAGCACUCGACCCGAGAUCAUGCCAGCCCCGGUGCUUCUAGCCUCCCGACCACAGACAGCCCAACCUCACACCAAAAUGAGGAGGAGGACUUUGAAGACGACUCGUACGAAAGCCUGACAAACGGAAAGAUCUUUGGGGGCUCGUCUGGGAUCUAUAGCAGUAAAUGUCGUUUAAUGGACUUCUCUUUCGCUCCGUUGCAGCUCAAGAUGCAUUCCUGUGAGUGUGAUCUUUUGUGUCUCUUCCCAGUGCAAGAGAAGAUGGAGGUGUCCUCCCUGCCUCUGUCCUUGGAGAACCGUUUCUGUGUGCUGUUGGGAGGAGACAGAGAGGCUCUGCCUGCCGGACUCAUCAGCCAGAUCGGCUACCGUUGCCAUCCUGCUCUCUACACAGAGGGCGACCCUGGAGAGAGACUGGAGCUAAUUGGAGGAUCUGGUGUCUUCAUGACUCGUGGGCAGCUGAUGAACUGUCACCUCUGUGCUGGGGUCAAGCACAAAGUCUUGCUUAGACGUCUUCUAGCUGCUUUUUUUGACAGGAAUACACUUGCUGACAGCUGUGGGACUGGAAUACGUUCCUCCAACUGUGAUCCAAAUCGCAAACCACUGGACAGCCGCAUACUCAACACAGUGAAACUCUACUGUCAGAAUUUUGCCCCUAACUUCAAAGAAAGUGAGAUGAAUGUGAUUGCCGCAGACAUGUGCACCAAUGCCCGGAGAGUUCGCAAACGCUGGCUCCCCAAGAUCAAGUCCAUGCUUCCAGAGGCGAUCGAGGUGUACAGGGGGACUGCGGUCCUUAGCCAGGUGGAAGGAGCCACCCAUCCAGGCGGUGGCUUUCCCUUUGAGUCAGAGUUCAAACACCUGGCAGCGUCAAAUCUGACUCUGGAGCAGCAUCUCUAUGGAGAAUGCAGAGAGACACUGAGGAAUGGCUCUCACUUCAAUGUGGAAGAGAGGUCCCAAAAAGGCGAAGCAGCCAAGACUGAGCCAGGCCGAGCCAAAGAGUCCGACAACCCGCAGGAAGUUGAAAGGCUUCCGGAGAGUCCCGAGAGAGCAGCCAGUGUGCUCGCUCUCAACCCAGCCAGCAAGAAAGGGGAAAAAGAGCGGGCAUCCAGCAGCCCCAGAUCACAGAAAGAGGAACAGAACAGACAGAGACCACUUAAAGAGGAUCAGUGACUUCUUCUACUUCAUACGAUUUAAAAACUGGUCUGCAGCUUCUCACACCAAAAAGGAUCACUAUCCAUAAAGGCAAAUAUCCCAUGCCACUGAACAUUAAAUUAAAGCUGCAUGAUCAUGAAAUCUGGACAUAUACAUUUUUUUCCAGGAUAUAUUGAAGAACAUCUGCAUUAAAUACAGUUAUGCUCACAAUUUUCCCUUCCCCUUGCGGAGUCUACAAAAUGCUUUUUUUUAUUAUUAUUUUUACUGUCCGUGUGAAGCUAUUUGACAUGUAUUCACAUGUAUUCCACAAGACAGAUUAACUAAAUAAACUGAAAAACAAUAUCUGAUCUUUUUUCAAAAAUUUACAUACCCUUAGUUUUUAAUAUCAUACAUUGCCUCAAGCAUCAAUGAGUGUUUGUAGACUUUUGUGAUAGUUGUGCAUGAGUUUAUGGUUUGUCCUGAGCAGUGAAACUGUUCCUUGACAAAGCCUCCAGG